GGCAAUCGAAUGACAGCCAUAUUUGUGUUUUGAAUUCGAUUUUUUAAAAAUAUUUAUUUAAUAAAACAUUAAUUGAAUUGAAUUUUUGAAAACAAAUCAACAAAUUGUUUGAUUGUUUGUCCAUUUGAUUCACUGACCGCUCAGUGUUUGUCACCCGAUUCGGGCGCUAUCUUCGGGCACAACCCAAGUGAUCAACCAAUCGAUUGAUUGAUUAAUUAAUUAUAAUUGCAUGCAAUGAUGGCAUCAAAUAAUUACUACGGCUUUACACACGCCGGCACUCAAUACGGAAACAGCUAUACACCGGUAGCGCCGACCGGUUACCCAAUGGUUGCCCAGACGUACGCCGCCAAUCCGCGCGCCGGUUACGACCAAUCUUAUGGCCAACAAUCGGGUCAAACGGUACCCAAUUAUGAUUACAAUACGAGACCACAGACAUCUACCGGUGCUGUUGGCUACGGAACCGAUGGCAGUCAAUACGCCAAUAAUGUCCAAAACACGGCGUAUCCAUACUCUACCGGUUAUACCAAUUCGUAUAACGCUGUGGUCACCAAUUAUGCCGCAAAUACUCUUUAUAGCCAACAGACGACUGGCGGAAGCGGUGCUGAAGAGCAGACAUCAGCCAUCUAUUCAAACAGUAAGUCAUCAAACAAUUGGAAUUUUAAGAAACAUUUCAAAGGCAACAAAAUGAAGAACACGAAGAAUGUCCAACAAUUGCAUUAUUGUGAUGUAUGUAAAAUCAGUUGUGCCGGUCCUCAGACAUAUAAAGAGCAUUUGGAUGGACAAAGACACAAGAAGAAGGAACAACAAAUGAAAGCAGCGGCUAAUGCGUCGAAUAGCAAACGACAGGCAUCAUCGGCGGCAACGUCAUCAUCAUCGGGAAGUCUAUCACUUCGUUGCGAACUAUGCGAUGUCACCUGUACUGGCAAUGAUGCCUAUGCGGCACAUAUACGCGGUACUAAACAUCAAAAGGUUAUCAAAUUGCACACAAAACUGGGUAAACCUAUUCCAUCGAACGAUCCGGUAGUGGUAUCACCAAAUUCGGCAAAAACCACUAAAACCGGUGACAAUGGUAAUACUGGUAGUACUGGAGGUCAGGCAAAGAUUAAAGUGUUGGGAACUCCAAGAAUUAAUUUUAUUGGCGGAGGAAGGCUUCACACUACAAAUUCUGGCGAACUAAAGGAAGAAAGUUUUUCUGAUCAAACAAAUAAUACGAACGCUUCCGGUAGCGAACAACAGGACGUACCGAAUCAGACUCAAGACUUUGCGGUCGCCGAUACCAUUGCGACACACAUUUCAGAACUCGACAAGAAUGAGGCCCAACCUGUUGGACAGGACUAUAUCGAUGAAAGCAAAAGUGAUGACUUAAAGGGUAUCAGUUUUCAUUGCAAACUUUGCGAUUGUCGUUUCAAUGAUCCGAACGCUAAAGAGAUGCACUUAAAAGGACGCCGUCAUCGACUUCAGUACAAGAAAAAAGUUGAUCCAAAUCUGGUGGUCGAAGUUAAGCCGAGUUUAAAGAAUAGAAAACAUCCGGGAGAUAGUAAAGAACGUCGAAAUAGUUAUAAACAAAAUAUGCAUUAUUGGAAUGAUUGGUAUUCGAGUCCCAAUCGUUACUACGAUCCGCGUCCUAUGGGACCACCUAUGCAUCAGAUGCCACCUUCACAUAUGGGUCCACCGCCUCCUCCCGGGUUUGCCGGUGCUAAUAAUUUUAUGGGUUCACCCUCUAUGCCUCCUCACUUUAGGCGAACAAAUUCCAGUUCAUGGGAUGACAUUCAUAUUAUGCAAAAGCAUUCGGAAAUUUGUCCGAAAGAGGAAGAGUUGGACGAAAUUCAUCAUUUGGUUUCAUGUGUCGAACGAGCUCUCAAACUAGUCUCCGAUAAUAUGGUCGAAGAGGACACGACUACAGCCAUGAAUGAGAUGAUCAAAAAAGAAAUGGACGAACUGUCGACCUCUAAUGGUUUGGCCGCCGCUGACGGCAACAGUAAAGAUAAGUUACAAGAAUCAUCAUCAGAAUCAUCAAAUGUGGGCAAACCUGAAGAGUCUCAAUACAGACUAAUGAAAGGUUUGAUGCGCGUCGGACCACUAGCUAAAGGACUGUUACUGACCGGCGAUAAAGAAGUAGAUUUAGUGGUGAUUUGCUCCAAGAAACCAACUAAACAUCUAUUGCAACGAAUAGUCGAUUUGCUUCCCACACAACUUCAGAUUGCUUCUUCCAUUGACUCAUUUGACAUUAUAAUGAAAGUACACGACUCGGGACUAUCGAUUGCCACAAAAAAUGAACCAAAAAUCACGGCUAAUGUUACGCUAACAUCACCAUUGGUUAGGGAGGAGAAUGCUAAUGAAGGAAUGAUUGCUGCACCGGACUUAGAGAUGGUUAAAGAGCCCCAACAGCUGCUCGAUCGUCAAAAAUGUGUCGAAGCACUGGCAGCUCUUCGACACUCAAAAUGGUUUCAGGCUAGAGUUGCGAACCUACAGCCCUGUCCUAUCGUUAUACGACUAUUCCGUGACUUAUGUCGACGACUGCCCACGUGGUCUAAACUAAGUCUAUGGGCAAUUGAGUUACUUUGCGAAAAAGUCAUAUCAAGUGCUGGCGAGCCAUUGACACCGGGAGAAGCAUUAAGACAUACAUUUGAAGCUAUUUCAUCAGGAAUUUUGUUGCCGGGCGGUACCGGUUUGGCCGAUCCCUGCGAAAAGGAACCUACAGAUGCUUUGGCUGCAUUGACUCGACAGGAAAGGGAGGACAUCACAUCAUCGGCUCAGCAUGCAUUACGUCUGAUAGCGUUCAGACAAAUAUAUAAGAUAUUAGGCGUCGAUCCGUUGCCACAAAAACAACGAAAACGACGGCUCGAUUCGGAAAAUGAUGCGACGGUUGACACCGAAGUUGAGAACAAAAAAGAGAAAAAAGACGACACAGUUAUAGAUAAUAAUAAUGAAAAUACAGAUACUGUCACUCAAAUGAUAACAAUUACGUAA